UGGCUGGCUCUGUCAUGUGACUGAUGCUAGGCAACAUGUGCUAUUGGCCUUCUUGGUUGCCGACAGAUCAGAAGGAACAUCAGUUUGUGUGUGUAUGUGCAAAUGAGGCUGUGCUUUCUCCACAGCAGUCUGGGGGAGCUUUAGCACUUCUACUGAGUUUGCACCAGCCAGCAAUGCAAAAAGCAAAAAGAAGCAGAAUCUACAGUUGAACAGAGAACGGACUCAAUGGGCUAUGAGACUCUAGAUGCGUUUGAAGGCGUCUACACAUCCCACUCUAAGCUACAGCCCACGGAGAUGCAGAGAUUUGUUGGUCCAUCAGAAGCUCCUGAAGGCAGUACACCUCCCUGAGUGGUAGGCAGAGUGGCUGCUACUGAACUCUUACAGGGAGCAGUAUUCGCUUUUUCCUGUGCUGCUUGGACAGUUUCACAACCCAGUGUGCAGACAGAAUCAUGAAUAAACUGGCAGACAAGCAGGACCAGAUGAUACCAUGAAGAGAAGUUUACAGGUCCUCUAUUGCCAACUGUUUCGUGUUCUAGUGAUCUUGGCACUGACAGAAGAGCUGGUGUUUGCUGUUCAGAUACUGCCUCCGAGUGUAUCAUCGUCUCAGGGCCUCCUGACAGACACUACCACUAUCACAGCCAUGGGGAUAACAGCUCAACACAAAGGCCAUCGCACGAUAGGACCUGUUCCCACAACUACUCAUUCAACUCUUCACUCAGCUCGCCCACUGGAGACACCUGCCCCUACCAUUGACCAGAAGCAAGCAACCAGCAGCCAUCCCGUUGGCAAAAUGGAAACAUAUCACUUAUACAACCAGAGUGCUUUGUAUUCAGGACAGACCCGCCCAAAGGGGAAAAUAUUUCAGAUUUUCAAAGGCAACUUCACAGAAUCUACAGAGCCUUACCUAAAGACAGCACUGCACUCUCCCUUUCCUACUUUGAGGCGUUCAUUCACUAACCACCCAUUUCAGCCCCAGAUUGCAGCCUCCAAUGAUCCCAAUAGUACUGGGCCAGCAACUACGACAGACUCAAGCUCUUCUCUUCACAGCAACACCUUGGAAGGCCUUAAAAAAGCAGAGCGGGUAAAUGGAACAUGGCUAGUUAUGCAGAGAGCAGAUCUUACCACGCCAACAGCUGGCCCAUCGACUGAUCCCAAAACAGGGUCGGUGCCUUUUAAACCCACACACUAUGAUAUAUGGGAUAUCCUGAGCAAAAAUAACUCUUGGGUAACCUUGAGUCCAAGUACAAAUGUACCUUUGUUUGCCAGCCCUGGAACUGCAACAGCAGCAGGUCAUUCAGUUCAGACCAGCUUUGAUGUCAACAUUUCAUCACCUACAAUGGGAAACCCUAAAGGAACCUCCAUGACACCGCACACUAUGGUGAAUAAUGCUACUUUAUCCAACAGGGCUCUCUCCACAGCAUCCACCACAAGGUUGGCCAGCUCCAUUUCAACAGCUGGUUCCACAGCAACGGGAAACUUUCUAAACAGACUGGUGCCUGCUGGAACCUGGAAGCCUGGCAUGCCCGGGAAUAUUUCCCAUGUCACUGAGGGGGAUAAACCGCAGCACAGAGCAACCAUUUGUCUCACCAAGGUGGACAUUGCCUGGAUCAUUCUGGCUAUCAGUGUACCUAUAUCUUCAUGUUCAGUUCUGCUGACAGUCUGCUGCAUGAGGAGGAAGAAAAAGACAUCUAACCCAGAAAACAACCUGAGCUAUUGGAACAAUGCUAUCACCAUGGACUACUUCAACAGGCAUGCUGUAGAGUUACCAAGAGAGAUCCAGUCCCUUGAAACUUCAGAGGACCAUCUGUCUGAGCCACGCUCCCCAGCCAAUGGUGAUUACAGAGACAGUGGGAUGGUCCUUGUUAAUCCAUUCUGUCAAGAAACACUAUUUGUAGGACAUGAGCAAGUGUCUGAAAUAUGACCCCAUACCUGCCCUUGUAUUGCAGCUCCAUCUUUAGUGUCUCCAAAUUAUAAAUAAAUAUAUAUAUUAUAAAUAUAAUCUUUGUGUAACCUGAAUUAUGAGAAAUGUUUUCAGCUUUUUUCCCCCCUAAGAAUUGUCAACCUCUUUUUUAUAAGUGUGGUAAAACUUUACAGAGCAAACUGUGGCUUUAUAAAAUAAAGGUAUUUCUAAGCAAAACACCUAUUGAACCAACUGCUUUUCCUGCUGUCAUUUACUAAAUGCUUAUACAGAAUGUUUAGUCUGUAUCACCACCAGGUAAGGUUAGCUUCACUGACGACAGUGCCUGUUUGGUACUACACCCUGUCAUUAUGCAGGGGCAACCUGCACCUGUGAAUCUUCUCUGUCUCUCCAUGGGCACUCUUUCCUAGUGACAGGCGUCUACUGCACUUUGUCCAGAAUGGAACCCCACAGUUACCCCACUUUAGACAGGAUCACUAGGUUUCACCAAUUGUAUUUACCUCAGCCAACCCAAAUUGGUUUGGGUCUGGCUACAGAAUCUUCUCCAGGUACUCGUGACCAGUGUAAAAAGCAAUGGCUCAGGACAGCUUCUUCUUCUUCUUC